UUGCAGUGUAAAACAACACUCGCUCGUCCGCAAAUAUGACAUAGAAUGUUGUAAUUGCUUGAGUCGCAGACCUUUCAUAUAGAUAGAUCAAAGUCCUGAACCAAGUUUCUGUAACUGGUGCUGAUCGCUUUGUACAACCGAUGGCCUCUUUCUGUACUUCAGAGCCUGCACAAUGAAGCCAUCAUGGACAGAUCAACGGAGAAGAGGACCAACCGGGACGAAAUCACAAGUGAUUCUAUUCCAACAAGGCCCAAACGGUUAUGUGACGCGGAACAAGAAAGCUGGUUCGGAACACGACCUGGUGAUACAGAGCAGAAAGCUGUUCAGGAGCACCUUGGUCUGUCAGGAACUGGAAUCAUCCCAGAUACGUCAGGAUGUGUCCCUGGUGGCAGAGAUCGUAGGCAGGAUUCGGAAGCUGUCCAGGAGCAACUUGGUCUUUCAAGAGGAGGAACUACCACAGGUACUUCACAAACAGAGGCGACAUCUGCAGUCAGCAAUUAUAUCACAAGCUGUGACAGACCAACGGUAAUAAACGAUAUUCAAUCCGACACUGCAACCAUCGCUUCUGAAACUUCAUAUAUCAACAAAGUCAUAUACAAAGAUGGAACUACAGAGGCCCACCCAUCUCACUUUGAAAACAUCGUUGGUUCAACGUGGUUAUUGCUCACAAACGUCACCUUAAAGCCGUACAUCUCAACCAGAGCCGGGAGGUCCGCCAUGCGUAGUCUCAAGCAAUGCAAGGUGCUCGUCAUAGAAGGAAUGUCUGGAUCUGGAAAAUCUACGCUGGGGCUGCAUCUUAUGUCCAACAUGUCUAAGUUAACCGGAAGGACACCAGUAAAAUUGUCGUCAUGGAAACAGUGGGAUUUAAUUCCCCGGAAUUCAUCCAAUGAUGACAGCAAUUUGAAUGGGGGAUAUAUUGUGCUGUUUGAUGAUAUAUUUGGCUCGAAUAAUCUUGAUCCACAACAGGUAGAAGCAUGUGAGAGAUAUUUUGAUGUGAUGUGGCCACAUGCUUUAACCGGGCACAUAAUGUUCAUAUUUAUAUCAAGAUCAGAAAUAUCUGCAUUGUGUAAGCAUCAGUUGAAAAAGUGUGAACUCAUCAAGAAAGCACAUGUUUUAAACCUGGAUGGAAUCAAACAUUCCUUAACAGCAAAUGAGAAAAGGAAAAUGUUGAAAACAAUAUGCAAAAUAGAUGAAAAGGAUAUGGAUGACAUUGUGGAUAUAGAUAUAUCUCUUGGAUUUCCCCAGUGCUGUACCUAUUUUGCAAAUAGUAAGGGUGCACAGAAGAAAGGGGUUGCUUUUUUUGAAAAGCCUCAUGAAUUUAUUCUGGAGGAUGUAGAUAUCCUACAGGAAUGUGACGGUGCUGGCUACCUGGUCCUCCUGCUUGUGUUAAUGACUGGCGGGAACUUAGGCAAUGAACAGCUUGACCCUCUAAAAUGUCAAAUAAAACCACUGAUAGCCAACCUCCGGGAAUGUUGUAACAAUAUCUCAGACAGUCUUACACUCUGUGACAUAGCUAAGAAGUCAGACUCUCUGUGUGGCAUGUACCUUCAUUGCUCGGACGAUGGAUAUCAGUUUCAGCACCAGUCUGUGUUUGACGCCGUUUUCGUCAGCAUUUCAAAGAGGUAUCCUGAUAUAUGCAUUGACAUUUGUCCAACGAACAUGUUGGUAGAGUUAGUUAGAACUAGCUUAACAGACACAGACACAUCUGACAGUAUGUUGUGUCUGUCAGACCAGUAUUUUCCUGCAUUUGCUGGUCGAAUUACAGAGCUUCUUAUGUCUGAAGACUAUGUUGAUAUUCUGUGCCACCCCUCUUUCCACCACGAGGAAUUCGUGCACCAGCUGUUAGAAACAUGGACUGGUGAUAAGAUGACAAGUCUUCUGAAACAGGAACACAACUCCACAACUGUAACCUCUCCACACCCAUUUAUGAUAGAAGGUACAGUGCAGUUGUUUUCAUACUGUACACUCUUCUCUGCUGUCGUUCUGAAAAAGAUUGCUAAUGUCUUCAACUAUGUCAAAACACGAAUCACAAAUGUUCCACUCGACCUUCCUAACUGCUUGGCAUGUGCUAUAUACACAGACGACACAAGUGCUGCUUUGGAUCUGCUUAGGAUGGGAACAGUUGCUGAUGAGAGCUGUUUAAGGGCGUACUGUCAAUCUGAAUGUAUGGAAGAAAACAUAACUGACGCAAUCCGUUCUUAUGUGUGGAACAAGCUGGAAAGCAUAAGUGAUCUCGGGGAUCUGUUCGGCCUUGCUGUGAUGUCUGGUCAUUCUCCUGCAGUAGAUAUGCUUGUCGCCAAGCUGCAAGAAAAUAAAAGCUCCAAGAUGUUCAAGAAGUGUUUGGAAACACUUCUGAUGGAUCUAGGCAGAACACCUCCUGCCGAAAGAAGUCCUGCUUUGAGACAUGGCAAAGACGCCUCUCGUUAUCUCGGUGUUGUGCAAUCAUUGUUUUCAACAGGAUGCCACAGUGACACAAGUUAUCUGGUGUGGUUGUCAGCAGGCCACCCAGAUGAUGCAAUUCUUAGAUUCUUCCUUGCACAGCCGGAUGUUAAUCCUUUGAAGACUUACAGGGAUUACAAGUAUGAGAGGAAAACUACAGCCUUACAGGAAGCAGCAGCGUAUGGUGGCGAAGACAACGUGCAGAAACUCCUGAAAUAUUUCAAGGAGAAGGACAUAUCUCCGGCAGAGUUCCUGAAUCGAUCACAAUCUCAUUCAGACUAUUUUGAAGGAGAAAAUGCAUUUGACGAAGCUUUCAAGCAUGAGAAUUUUAAUUGCCUAAAACACCUUAUAAAGUCAGAAUCUGAUGUAAGACAAAGGGAUUAUCUGGGGAGCACACUGCUUCACCGAGCUGCUGAGGCAAUGCAUCUUGAAACCUUGGAAACACUGCUAGAAAAAGGAGCAUGUGUGUCUGAUAAGGACAAAUGGGGCUUCACAGCUUUUACGCAUCUUUACAAUGAAGCACUUGGGGAUCUCUUCUUUAAAGAAGACCUGCAACAAUCCUAUUUGGAAUCAGUUCAAAUCCUUACCAAGGCAGGGAGUGAUGUCAACGAAAAGGACAGAAAUGGCGAGACCUGUCUCCAUAAGGCCGCAAGGUAUGGAGAUGUGGACACUAUGAGAUAUCUGUGUGAGAAAAGUGCAAAUCUAAACCAGACUGACACAGAAGGAAGAACACCGUUGCACAACGCCAUAGACAAAUGUGAUCUGGACACAAUCAGAUAUCUUGUUUCUAAAGGUGCCAGUGUCGAAGCAAUAGACAGCGGUGGAAGAAAUGUGAUUCAUUUUGCUGCAAGUUCAAGAAUGGACCCUCUGGAGAAAAUCAUUUACUUUAAGGACACCCAUAACAUAUCCGUGCAUGUAGAGGAUAGUCUAGGUAGGACAGUCUUGUUCUAUGCUGUAGAGUCUGGAGAUGAGGAGGUUGUGGAACUGUUUGUAGAUAUGGGAUUGGACACCAAUACUCAAGACAACGAGGGAACAUCACUCCUGCAUAUUGCAUGCGGAAAGACCCAAACUCACUCAGAAGUAUUUUCAUAUAAAGUAAUUGAUUCAUACAUUGUGAAUUUUCUGUUAGAAAAGGGUACUGAUCAAUUCCUUCAAGAUAAAAAUGAGUGUUUUCCAUUGCACUAUUUAGCCAAACAAACUGGUAGGGGGCAAGAUUUGUAUUUACUGAUCGAGAAAGGUGCUGAUCCAAAUGCAAGAGACUGCAACAACUGCACUCCCCUACACUAUGCAGUAUUGGACGAUGGUGUUGAAGAAAACAUUGAAAUCCUUCUGGAAAAGGGUGCUGAUCUGGAUGCCCGAGAUAAAGAUGGCUGUACACCCUUACAUGUUGCAGCAAGAGAGAGUGAUGGAGGAGAUACCACCAGGCUGCUCCUGGAAAAAGGAGCCGAUUUAAAUGCACGGAACAACCAAGGAUGCACCCCAUUACACUGUGCAGCUGACGAAAGCGACUGUGAGGACACUGUUGAAUUGUUUCUAGACCAAGGUGCGGAUCCUUGUACUCAAGACAAAGAAGGUCAUAUUCCUUUGCAUUAUGCAACACAGAAGGGAUGUGAAGAAAGUAUGGAGGUGCUGCUGCAGAAGGAUGCUGGUCUGUCUACACGAGAUAUGCAUGGGCGUACCCCCUUACAUUACGCUGCAAAACAGUAUUGUGGUACAGGGCCAAUGGAGCUGCUCUUAGAUAGAGGCGCUGACCCUCUAGUACGUGAUGCAGGUGGUUGUACUCCGUUACACUAUGCAGCUGAGCAGUAUGGCUAUGAAGCGUAUGUUGAGGUACUCAUUGAGAGGGAAGCUGACGUUAAUUUACAAGACAAUGAUGGCUUGACGCCAUUACAUUAUGCAGCAAGGCACAAAAGGUGUAAACGUACGGUGGAAAUCCUCCUACAGAACGGCGCUGAUCCGAGAGUAGAAGACAAGGAGGGUUCUACUCCCCUGCAAUAUGCAAUCAAAGCAAGUGACUGUUCUGCUACUGUAAAGUUACUUCAGGAUUUUAAUUCUCAAACUUGAACCAGAACAAGACGUGUCUUUUAUCAGAGUUAUAACAUGGAAGGCACGAGUGAAGUUUUCAAAAAGACAAUGUAAAGCAAAUGUAAAAUGACAUCGUCAUUUUUAUGCUCAGACGGGAGCAUAAACGUGAAAUAGAGAUUCAGAGUGUUAACCCCACCCACUCACUCACUCACCCGUGAAGAU